AUGACAUCAUUGAAGAACUGGACAGAAGUGACACAAUUUCUCCUGCUUGGACUCACUGAUGAUCCAGGCCUGAAGCUUCCCCUCUUUAUCAUCUUUCUUCUCAUCUACAUCAUCACUCUUGUAGGGAACCUGGGGAUGAUCCUGCUGAUUCUCUUGGACUCUCGGCUUCAUACCCCCAUGUAUUUUUUCCUUGGUAACUUGUCUCUGGUGGAUGUUUUUUACUCAUCAGCUAUCACACCAAAAGUCAUGGCUGGGCUCCUAUUGGGAGACAAGGUCAUAUCCUACAAUGACUGUGCUGCUCAGAUGUUUGUUUUUGCUACUUUUGCUACUGUGGAAAAUUACCUAUUGGCCUCAAUGGCCUAUGAUCGCUAUGCAGCAGUAUGUAAACCCCUACACUAUGCCACCACUAUGACUCCAAGUGUAUGUAUGUGUCUGGUCAUAGGCUGCUAUAUUCUUGGUUUCUUGAAUGUCUCAGUUUACCUUGAAGAUACAUUCAGUCUCUCUUUUUGUAAGUCAAAUGUGGUCCAUCAUUUUUUCUGUGAUAUGCCAGCAAUCAUGGCUCUCUCUUGUUCUGAUAGACAUGUGAAUGAACUGGUACUUAUAUAUCUAGCCAGCUUCACUCUUUUCUUUGCUCUCAUAAUAAUAUUAGUAUCAUAUAUUAUAAUAUUUAUCACAAUCUUAAAGAUGCAUUCAGGAGCAGGACUUCAAAAGGCUAUUUCUACCUGUGCUUCCCACUUUACUGCUGUUUCUAUUUUCUAUGGAACAACAAUCUUCAUGUAUUUGCAGCCAAGCUCUAGACACGCAAUGGACACUGACAAAAUUGUGUCUGUCUUCUAUACCAUGGUAAUUCCCAUGCUGAACCCUUUAGUUUACAGCUUAAGAAACAAAGAAGUCAAGCAUGCAUUCAUGAAAGUGGUUCUGAAACGAAAAUAA